AUGGGUGAGUCCAUCACGGAGGGUUCGGUGCAAACGUGGAACAAGCGUGUGGGGGACUUUGUCGAGGCGGACGAAGUGGUGGCGGUGAUUGAUACGGACAAGAUUUCGGUGGAUGUGAAUGCGCCUGUGAGCGGCGUAAUUACUGCGGUCAACGCCGCAGAGGGUGACACGGUAGAAGUAGGAGGCCUAUUAUUCACACUGGACACGGAAGGCAAGAAAGAUGUGAAGGCGGAAGGCAAGAAAGAUAUGAAGGCGGAAGGCAAGAAAGAUAUGAAGGCAGAAGGCAAGAAAGAUAUGAAGGCGGAAGGCAAGAAAGAGGGUUGCAAGAAAGCGAAGGCAGAGAACGCAUCGGCUCUAUCUGCGACUGGGGGGUCGAAAUCGGGAAGGGUGGAGAAGCGGGUAGCAUUAAGUCGGAUGCGGCAGCGAAUUGGGGAGCGUUUGAAGAGCGCUCAGACUGAGGGCGUGCUGUUGACGACGUUUCAGGAAUUGGAUAUGAGUGGCGUGAUGGCGUUGAGAAAGAAAUUGGGUCCCGAAAUACAGCGUGUGUAUGGUGUGAAAUUGGGCUUCAUGUCCUUCUUCAUUGCGGCGUGUGCGAAAGCAUUGGAGGAGUUUCCGGGAUUGAAUGGUUCAUUGGUUGAUGGUGGCAAGACGUUGUUGGAGCGUAACUAUGUGGACAUCUCAGUGGCAGUUGCGACGCCGACGGGUCUGGUGGUGCCUGUAGUGCGAGAUGCCCAGGCGAAGAGUUUGGUGGAACUUGAGCGAGAUGUACUCGCUCUUGCGACUAAAGCGCGCGCUAAUAAACUUACCCUGUCCGAAAUGGAAGGCGGAACCUUCACCAUCAGCAACGGCGGGGUCUAUGGCUCCUGGGUCGGAACACCCAUCAUUAAUCCUCCUCAAGCCGCCAUCCUAGGCAUGCAUGGGAUACACCAAAAACCCGUCGUAGACCGCGAAGGCUCUAUUGUCGCCCGACCUGUCAUGGCCCUUGCACUCACGUACGACCAUCGCAUCGUCGACGGCAAAGAAGCUGUCACCUUCCUCAAACGAGUCACUGACCUCCUUCAAGACCCCGCUGCUGAACUACUUAAAACCGUCCUACCUUUCCAACCAUCCAUCCAACUUGCUGCCUAA